AUGGCCGCGCAAGCAUCAAGAAAAACCCUUGCUCAGUUAAUCAGACAAGGAUACGACGAAAUACCAGAAAUAUACGCAGGCACUGCCCUUGCAUUGGUGGGAAUAGGCCUGGGUUCCGUAGGUUGUUACAAUUACUUUAAAAGAGAUGGAGAUAAUAAAAGGUACAAGAAAAUGUACGUAGUUAUGAGACCCGAUGACCCCAGAGUAGCUAAGAUUAGAAAAGACUAA